CUUCCCCCCGUGCGCAUGCGCGGCCACCUCCCCGUGGGCGGUGCCUCCGCCACGUCCGCGGAGCGGCCCAAGAUGGCGGCGGGCGGCGGCGAGCGGCGGGAGCGGGCGGGCUGCGCCCUCGGCCUGGCGCUGCUGCUCGGCUGGGCCCUGGCGGCCCGCGGGCAGAACCUCCGCGGGCAGGACCCCCGCGAUCCUGUGAACGCGGAGACACUUCUGAAAAAUAUUUCUUCUAAAAGUGAGAAUGAAACACUGAGCAGAUCCCAAAAUUUGACAGACAGCUUGCAGAGCCUAACCUCAACAAAAAAGGCAAUCCCAACAACAGCCAAAAUCAGUUCAGUGACUGCAGGAAAGGCACCUACAGCAAAAGGUGACUCUUCCUCCUCUGUUCUCCCUGCUAGUCUGGUAUCUCCAAUUGAUGCUUCUGAAGAUACUAAAAUUGAGGACGAGGAUCUUCUAACAGAUUUGAAAGAUACACUAAAUAGUUCCCCACCCAUCAUAAAAGAAACUCUGGAGUCAGAUGGAGAUGAUUAUGGUCCUUACGAGAUGACACCGAUUUCCAGGUACAACCCAGACCUAGAGAUGCCGGAUGACGACGACUCCGACACCAUCAGCAAUUACAACGAGGAGAUCAAGACCCUGGAUGAGAAGAUAAAAGGGGUUUCUGUCUCAGGGUUGGAAGAAGAAGAGGACAGCCAUUUCUUUUUUCAUCUGGUUGUAGUUGCCUUCUUAGUAGCUGUUGUUUAUGUCACCUAUCACAACAAGAGGAAGCUCUUCCUGCUGGUGCAGAGCCGGCGCUGGAGGGACGGGCUGUGCUCUCGGACGGUGGAGUAUCAUCGCCUGGACCAGAACGUGAACGAGGCCAUGCCUUCCCUCAAAAUAACCAACGACUACGUGUUCUGAGAGCACUGUGCUUUGGGUUUGCUGAACUUAUCACUCUUUGCCUGCCCAGUCAUGUAAUGAUAUUCAGGUAUCCCAAAUAAGCUGCUUGUGCAGAAAUGAGAUGUACUCUCUGUGACCUGGAUGUUUUGGAGAUUAAAUCUCAUGGAAGAUCAAGGGCAUGACACAUCUGUUUGCUACUUUGGUCGGGUUUUAUAUCAACUAUGAAGAUGCAGAGUUUAAUAAAUUAGUGCUCUUUCCAUUCAUUAAGCAACAUCCCUUCUGUCUGGAGCAGUCUUAAUAGUCGUAUUACAAAAAAAUAAGCAUAAAAUAUUUUAGGUCUAAUAAAUUAAUGACUUUGGCAACACUAAAUCAAAUUAAUGAUCUCUUUGCUCUUCACUUAUAUGGCUCAUAAAUCCCACUGUAUUGAAAACUUAAAACAUAAUUACUUUUUUCUAUGCUUAAAUCCUGAUGCUGCAAAUCUUUUAUCUUUUUUUUUUUCUGUUUCUGUUUCCUUGUUGCAUAAUUUGAUCCUAUUUUAGGCAAAAUAGCUAGAAUGGCAAUUUAAUAAUUUCCGUAUGUGUUCAUGCAGUAAAUAAUUUAAAAAUAAUUAUGUAUAACCUAUUUUAUUCAGAAGUUUUAUACCACAUAUUUCCUUAAAAUGCUCAAGGUGUUUGUGAAGGUAUGAAGCUUCCUGACUGUCCAUUUUUUUCUCUAAUGGUAUUUAUGACUGUUUCAUUGUCUUUGUAAUUAAUGAGUGGAAAAUAAGCCUUCUUGAAUAAUCUUACUAAAAUAUAGAUAGUUGACAGGCUUUCUAUACAUCAAAGCUUUCUGUUGAAUUUUAAGACAGUUGGGAAAUGGUUAUGUGCUUAUAUUAUAAUUGGGAGAGGCCUGAAACUGUAAGAAUAAUUUAUUUGGUUGUUCUUCUGACCCAGGUAACAGACAGGUGAGAGUAAAGGUGUGGGGGCUGCCAGUGCACUCUCAUUUUUGACAAACAUUUAUGCAUUAGUGUAAAUCAAGUACAGUAGUUUUUUUGAUUUUUUUUUUUACUUUGUCUUUUGUACUUCCAUUAUUUAUGGUUUUAUGGGUUGUAAAAUAUAAAAUUUUAGUUUUCUGUACAUUCUGUUUGUGAUUUAGUUUUCAACCUGAGAAAUAUGUAAAUAACGGUGAAUCAGAACCCCAUAAUUAAUGACUUGGUAUUCAAGUAGUUAUGUAACAUUUGGGAAAAAAAUCACCUUCACAGCUGAUGGCAUGAGGAGUCUGAAGGCAUGAUGCUGUCUUAGGAAUGAAGUGCUAAAAGUUCUAAAUCCUACUGUUAAAUGCAUUCUUUUCAUAACUACAGGAAGUAAAGCACAAACAAAAUAUCCCAAAACUCUUUUCUCGCAGUAAUUUUUAUCAUAUUUGGACUUGUAUCACUUAAUAUUUUGAAUAAGGUUUUUAAAAUAAAUGACAAUAAUGA